CGGCCGCCACACCCGUCUUCUCCCCCGCUGUUGUUCUUCUUGUCGAGCAAGGGUUUCGGUUGGUUCUCUUCUCGCCGAGUUCGCCACUGCAAAGAUUUGAUAAAGAUGGUGAGAAUCAGUGUUUUGAAUGAUGCUCUCAAGAGCAUGUACAAUGCCGAGAAGCGUGGAAAGCGGCAGGUCAUGAUUAGACCAUCCUCUAAAGUGAUAAUCAAGUUCCUCCUUGUCAUGCAGAAGCAUGGAUAUAUUGGUGAGUUUGAAAUCGUAGAUGACCACCGAGCUGGCAAGAUAGUUGUUGAGUUGAAUGGGAGAUUGAACAAAUGUGGUGUCAUUAGCCCACGAUUUGAUGUUGGUGUCAAAGAGAUUGAGCCAUGGACUGCCAGACUACUUCCAUCACGUCAGUUUGGUUACAUUGUGCUGACAACAUCUGCUGGAAUCAUGGAUCAUGAAGAAGCUCGGAGGAAGAACGUUGGUGGAAAAGUACUCGGAUUCUUCUACUAGAUUAUGGGGUUUUGCUAAGGUAGCAAAUCAGAAUUAGAAUUCAUGAUUUGGUCGGUUGAAGAACUUAGUAAUUUUUGAUUGGUGUAGCUGUUUCAUUGUCUUGGAUUGAGUUUUGAUUUUGAACAAAUCAGACUGGCCCAUUUCAUAGGCAUCAUUAAUUUUGUUCUCGGUGGUUGAGAAUGUUUUGGUGAAAUCCCAUCAAGCCAAUGCAUCCUAAUAUUUGAUCAGUAGAAUGCUGAAAA